CCUCGCGGUCUGGGUUUCCCGUUUGCAGACUGCGUACGGGCACACCUGCCGAAAGGGCUUUCUGGCAUAACCUAAGCAUUUUAUAAGUAAGAUAAGCUACAGUACAGCGAUCAGUACGUUCCUCUUCGACCAAACAUUUUAAAUGCAUAAAGAACGCGAUAUUACGUUUGCAAUUGCAAUUUCAGAAUAUGCGUGAACGGUGCUGACAUGUAUUUAAACAGUAACAGACUAGAGCUUGGAAAGUUUGCUUGUCCGUGCCCUCGCAGGCAACCGGAAAAAAUAAGGUCAUCAAAGCAUUUUAUACGCCCUAUAUCUCAACCCGCAUGGAUCGGCUCUGGGAGUCUAUACUGUGUAUUUGUCUAGUGUGUAUAUGUGGAGUCUUAGAUUACGUACGUGUGUUUCCCUGCAUGCUCUCCCGACACUUAAUGUACAACGAAGUAACAGGUAGAUGCGUAUUUCGAUAGAUGAUUUAGGAAAUGGAGCGUCAAGGAUUUAAUCCAGUUAAUACGGGGAUUCCCCUGUCUGACGCCGCAAAUGACGUAGUUUAGUAAGCAACCAUUUGUUUGUUUCCUGUACCAAGUAUAUGGAAAUAAGAUGUGGGGGGGAAGCAUUUCUUGUAAGUGUGUUUGUGUGUCUGGACACUCCGUGCAAUGUUUCCAUCUGCACCACCCAGGAUAACGUUGUGUUACAUUAAGCCUUCCGUGAGAGGUGAACUAUUUUCUCACGACACGAACUUUGCAUUAAUUGAUAAGGAGAUUAACACGAUGGUCUCCUUUCUUCCUGGCGGCGUGACGGCUCAUCACUGGAUUGCAAAGCACGGAUAUGGUAGAGACGACCACGUCUUCACCGGAACACAUGCACCCAUUUCGAGACUGUCCUCAACACCCGCUCCCGCAGAGAGGCAUCACUAAAAUCUGCCAUCACUCUGAAACGUUUAUUACUCUCCCCCCUUUAACCUCAUAAUUUGGCUACAAUUUAUAAAUUAUAGCAGGUGCAUGUAUAAAUCUGCCGUGAGGUUGGCUCUGUAUGACUAUCCCCAGUGUGUUUGUGCCUUGCAGUAUGAUUUAGACGAAGUUUUACUGUUCUGGAGUAAGAACACAUGUAAGCAUUUAAAUGCAAUGUAAUGUGAAUAUGGCAGACUUCAACAUUUUAGUAAGGAAAAAAAAAACACGAACUUUUGUUGACUUAAGCUAUGCAUUUUGUAUCAGUUAGCUGAAAACAUGCUUUCUUUAAACUUCUAAUAUGAAGAAGUGAAAAAAAUUAUUACGAAACCCUGAGAGUGUUUGUGAAGUUUGGUAACGGGGAGGAGUUUGAGACGGGAACGCUUUACGUAGGCCACUCCCCGUCUGUGAAUAUCGUGAAUGGUGUUGGUGGUAACGCCAUACUGGUGUGUGCUAGGUGUAGAUGCAGGGUCACAGCUGGUGCUCACGCUUCGAGUCAAGAAACAUUUCACUCCUAGGUCAGACAAUCAUAGUGAUACUAUGAGACUUACCAACCAGACUGCUGUCGACCUUCUUCUGGCAAAUAUGGAUAUUGGCAGCUUCAUGAAACUGGAGGACCUUUUCCAUCCUCGUGGAGAUCAAAGCUCACUCUUUGAAGACUCCGUCUUCCAAGAUGAUAUGGGAGAAAAAGAGGAGAUGAAUGACUGUCCUGAGCCUGGUGGUUUGGUCACAAAAUGGAGUGACAGAGUCAGAUAUGGGACCAUGUUUGAUCUCCUGGAUUUUGUUAACCUGAUAUCAAAUGCACAAAGUGGCCUCCAUAUGCCAGACCUGACAGAAGAGAUGGGGAUAGUGAUCAACAAGGCCUACUUGGCGGUGAAGGAAGGACGCUAUCGUAUCAAUGCAGACGUCUUCCUGUUUCCAUGGAUGCCAACCUUCCAGAAUCUUCAGCUUGGCCAGGUCCGCAAGGGGGCCUUCGGAAGGGUCCACCUAGGCCAGGACACACAAACGGGGAAGCGGAUGGCCUGCAAGCUGAUUCCUCUGGAGGAUUUUGGAGCGUCUGAGGUGGAGAUCCAGGCUGGGCUCCAGCACCGGAACAUAGCAGAGCUGUUUGGUGUUGUGCUCUGGGACCGGACCAUGCAUCUGUUCAUGGAGGCCGGGGAAGGCGGCUCGGUUCUGGAGAAGCUGGAUAGCGCUGGGCCCAUGUGGGAGAGCGAGAUCAUCUGGGUGACCAGGCAGAUCCUCAGGGGCCUGGAUUACUUGCAUUCCCGCAGGGUCAUCCACCACGACAUCAAACCCAGCAACAUCGUCCUGAUGUCUUCCAAAGCCGUCUUGGUGGAUUUUGGACUCUCUGUGAAGAUGACUGGGGAUUUGUACUACCCUAAGGACUUCCGUGGGACAGAGCUUUACAUGAGUCCGGAGGUAGUGCUGUGCCGGGGUCACAAUACCAAGGCUGACGUCUACAGUUUGGGGGCCUCUAUCAUCCACAUGCAGACGGGACACCCCCCCUGGGUGCGCCGAUACCCCCCAUCGGCCUACCCCUCCUACCUCUAUAUAAUUCACAAACAGGCCCCGCCCCUAGAGGACAUCGCGGAUGCCUGCAGCGCCGCCCUGCGUGGCUUCCUGGGCCGCGCCCUGGACAGGAACCCCCAGCUACGGGCUUCGGCGGCCGAGCUGCUCCAGGACUCCGCCCUCCGUCCCCACGGGAAGGCCCAGUCACGCUGCCAGAGCCUGGACUCUGCCCUGGAAGAGGCCUCCAGUGCCCCGCCUCCACGGCACGCCCAGCUGCAUGAUGGCACGCGGAAUUCGCCGUGCAUGCUGGGAUUGCGUUUCACAAACGGGGACUGCCCGGCAGCCCCUGAUAAGACGCUGCGGUCCUACUCCACGAUGGUGUGACUGGUCAGAUUGGUUAGUGUUGAUAAAACUCCGAAGAUCUCGCUUAUCUCUCAGACUUAAUUUCUUUUAUGCAAACUGGUCCUUGUCUAGUCAAAUGGACACCAUUCGUACGAGAAGAACAGACUCACUCUGUGCCAACCUCGGGCAUCUGGCUAACGGCUAGGAAACUAUGUGAGUGGUGCAAACCUUGGGGACUGGGUGACAGAGGAAA